ACGCUUAAUAUAUUAAUAGCGGGUAUUACGAAAAUUAGUUUUAGCCUAGGUAAGGAAAUCGUCGCCCUAAGUAUAAUAGAAGUAAAGACGUACUUCGGAACGAUAACUUUCUAUAUUUUACCCGUUAAUACCCCAUUUCUCCUAUAUCUAAAAGAUAUAGAUUAA